ACUGCACUGCACAGUGCACACUGUCAGCGUGGAGCACACAUCGGUGCGACAGCGAGGCGGCCAUCCAUCCCACCACUUCCCCCUCAUCCUCCCCGCGGCUCAACCAAAACCUCAAACCCCAGCCAGCCGGUCGGCCUCCACAGAAAAGAAAGCAAAAAAGCAGCAGGGAGAGAGAGGAAAGGAUGGAGGCCCUCGUCUCCACCGCCGCCGCCUACGCACCCUUAUCCUCGGCCCGCGUCCACCGCCGGCCGCCCACCCGCUCCGUGGCCUUCAGCGCCCCGGCACGACGAGGCUGGCGCUGCCGCUCCGCCACGCCGACCAGGCCCGACCCGGUGCCGUCCGAGGAGCCGGCGUCGGGGUCCGCCGCCACCACCACCACCACCGUCGUCACGGACAAGCCCGACGCGCCAGCCGGGGAGGAGAAGGGCGGGGAGCCCUCCGGUGGAAGCGGCGGGUUUGUGGAGGUGACGGUGGAAGAUGCGCCGGUGUCGCCGCCGGGGGAGCCUGAGGAGGGCGGCGGCGGCGUGGACGACGUACUGAGCAAGCUGGACAUCGAAGUGACACCCACUUAUGUCCUCCUCGGAGGUGGUGCUUUGAUUGUUCUGUUGAUUCUAUCUAAAAUCAUAUCUGCGAUUGAUUCUGUUCCCCUGCUUCCGAAUGUGCUGGAAAUCAUAGGAACUGGCUACUCAGUCUGGUUCGUCACACGGUAUCUCCUCUUCAAGGAAAGCAGAGACGAACUGUUUGCGAAAUUUGAAGAUCUGAAAGAUAUGAUCAUUUGAGCAGGGGAAGAAGGAUGUUUUAGCAUACGUUUAGGCUUUACAGCCAGCUUGUUAUUUUAGGCCUUCCUUCUUUUUUCAACUGUUGCUGAAAGAAAGAAACAAGUUGUGUUGUAAGCUGUUUCCUCUCAUCAACUGUAAUGAGACAUCUGAGUUUUACUAGUAGCGUGCUUGCUCAA